AUGGGAGCUAAGCUGCCCAAUCCGCAUCGCGUCUGCAGCAUGCGUAACCCACUUACGAGAACGCUGCUUUUUGCAGUCGUCGUCCUCAUCGUCAUGGCCCUCACCCUCAGGAACGAUGCCAUCGACGUUCGCGGCCGCAUUAUGAAGACGGGCGCCGGUGUCAAGUCAUCAAUCACGCAUCAGCAGCCCCUGGACCCCGUCAAGUCGCACGGUUCCUCGUCGCUUUCCGAAAAGAUCCCCGCCGAGCCCGCUCCCUCCUCAAGCCACGUCAUGAACUGCGAUAUCAACACCGACCACAUCAAGACCCUCAAGGACAAGUACGGCCUUUCCGAGAAGAUUCACUACUUCAAGCGCUACGUCAGGUUCAGUCGCAAGCCCAUUCAGCGCAAGGGUUACACUGUUUUGGAUCAGGAGUUCCUCCCCAAGAAGUUCAAGACUGUCGACAUCACAAAGUCGUACGCCCCUGAGGAGUGCCACGAGCCCCUGGAUGUCCCCGUCACACAGUCUUCCUAUCCUUCCACCGUCAACGCCUCCGACUUCAUGUUCGCUGUUUCUACUACCUACAAGCGUUUCAAUGACCCUAAGACAAGCCCGAUUAAGGAAUGGGCUCACUGGCUUACCGACAGCAACGGAAAGUCCAAUGGCGGCAAGCUUUUGCUGUUGCUUCUUGACGCUAGCGACGCUGAGUUGAAGGACGCCAGCGACAGGCUCAAGAGGGUUGGAAUUGACGCCGACGUCGCCCACUCCGACCCCUCCAUGGAGAUGGCUGUUCGCUACCUUACCCUGGUGCCUUAUCUGUACAACCACCCUGAGAGAAAGACCAGAAAGUGGCUCGUCACUUGUGACGAUGACACCUUCUUCCCCAGCAUGCACGGUCUGAUUGACAAGUUUGCUACCUUCGACCACCUCGACCCUCUCUACAUCGGAACCCUUUCCGAGGACGUCAACGCCAUUCACCGCCACGGCUCUCAGGCUUUCGGCGGUGCUGGUGUCUUCCUCAGCGUCCCUCUCGCGGCUGCCAUUAACCAGCUCUACGAGUCUUGCAAGACGGAGACCAAGAUCAAGGAGGCCAACUCAGGCUGGGGUCCUCAGGGCGAUAUCCUUCUCCGCAAGUGUAUCUACGAAAAUACCGAGGUUCGUCUGACCAAUAUUUGGGAGCUUUGGCAAUUGGACUUGUACGGCGACCCAGCCGGCUUCUACGAGUCUGGUAUCAAGCCCUUGAGCUUGCACCAUUACAAGGGCGGCGGUUGGCAUUACGCCAAGCCCCUCCAGUCUGCCAAGGUCGGACACGCUUGUGGAGAGGAUUGCGCCUACCAGCGUUUCAUUACUGCUGACGACUUCAUUAUCGCCAACGGAUUCAGCGUUGCCCACUAUCCCCAAGGUAUCGACUUCAACUUGGAUCAGAUGGAACGCACCUUCACUCCUGCUCCGGAUGACAUUGGCUGGAACUUGGACUACAUGUUCGGCCCCCAGCGCAGAUCUUUGCACAAGACCGGUCGCAAGAUUGCCUGGGAAUUGCAAGAGGCCCACGUACAGGAGGAUGGAUCCGUACUUCAGGUGUACACUCGUCGGAAGGACGAUGAGCGGUGGGUUGAGGAGGAUGGCGAGCCGAUGAGCAAGAUUGACGGUGUCAUUGAGCUCGUCUGGAUCCCUUCAACAUGA